UAUGUUUUUAUAGACACUUUAUCUCUGGUAACAUUUUAUCAAGGUUAUAGACAGUUUUUCAAUUUUCCUUACUUCGUCUACUGUCUAGUACGGCAGAUUAAAAUAUUAAGUAGAAAAGACAUAUUCGAUUCGAGGUCUUAAAUCAUAUAUUUAAAACAAACAUAAUGUCGAUCCGAAAAAUAUUGGUUGCAACUAAACCGUUGUCCAGAAGUAUCCAUGGAAGCAAACCCCUGUGUGAAGAUGCACGUUUGAAAAAUUUAAAGGAAUGGCAAUCAAUAUUCCAAAAACCUGACGGUGUACCUGUUUACCUGAAACGUGGAAUGACAGAUCGCCUUUUGGUUGGUUUCUUAGUCAUUGGUACAUUUGCCGGACUUGCAAACUCAUUCAAAUAUUUGUACGAAGAAGUUAUUAAACCAUGAAUAAUGUACACAUGUAGAUUUUACAGUUAGUUUUGUAAUAAUAAUAAUAAUACAGUGAGGAAAUCUUGUAAUAAAUUAUGUAUUAUUAUUGAAAAGAUA